AUGUCGACUUCCAACCCGACAUUCCUCAAUCAAAAUACUCGAUUCCGGCCUGCAUCUACCCGCAGCCAAUCCCGUUCUCCCUCUCGAUCACCAGUCCGAAAAGCUCAAUUUACGGAGCAAGAGAUCGAUCCUCUUCUAGGCAAUUUGUCUCCAACUUCUACACUCAAAGCUCUCUCGUUGACUGACGUAUUGCGCAACAAUGAAUCUAAAGAUACGAACAUCCUUACGCACAGUAUCGGGGAAACAUCUACAGACCAAAGGGCGUAUGGCAUCAAAGCAGCUCUAGCCGCGCAGAAACUGAGAGAAUGGCAUGCAGAGGUUCUGGGCUGGAAGUGGCCUGCGAAGAAAGACAGGAGGAUUGGAAAGGGGUUCCAACCACGACUGCCCUUUUCACCAAAAGAGCAGACGAGCUCAGGGACGAACCAAAAAAAGGAAUACCUUGGUAGUCUUCCUGCAACGGUCGUUGCGCAGCAUGCAGAGAGGAUUGAACAGAUCAAAGACGGUCUUGAAGCUCUUGACGUUGAUGGUCUGAAGGAGCAUGUGUUAAGUGCGCACAUCCCACCUAAAUCACAAGAUGGGAGGACCAAUGGUUCGCAUAGAGAGGUCAAGCAACUCUCCGACUUUACCGCCGUCAUUACACACACCAUGUUACAAGCGUUGCCCUAUUUGUCGAAGCUCACAGCUUUGUUGAGCGAUUGGGAAAUUCGAAUCGUCGUCUUGAAGCAUAUUCCAGAGCUGAUGCGUUAUUUGGAGAAGAGCGAGGAAGCUGUUCAAUCUGCUUUGGAUCAAGUCUGUGCCCGUCGCACGAGCGGCCUUCUGACCAGAACACGUUUUGAAGACACGAAAGUUGUACUUGGGAGGGAUGUUCGGCUGCUUGGAGCAAGAUUUGAUAAAUUGCUUGACGUACUUGAGGGGCACGAGGACACACUUCCCGAGACAUGGAUCGAUCGGAUGGACAAAGUAGAGACAAGUUUUGCCCAGUGGACUGUCGAGGCCGAACGACGAGUGCUUUAUAACGAGUGGAUGGAGAAGAAUAAGAUGUCUAUGGUACGUCAACACAAGGCUGCCGAAGAAUCACAUCCUACAGCGGCUGGUUCUUUGGCCAGCGGCAGUGCCGUGGGUGCAGAUGGCCAGCCAACAACCAUGGGAGAGACAACCAGGAAUGAGUCUCCUGUUGCGCUAAAGGCCAAAAACCUCCAUACUAGGGACUCUAUCAGAACGAAUGAACAGCCAGAAGUAAAUGAGCAAAAGAUCCCAUCAGCUACGAUUUCAGAAGCGCGUACUCGGGCAACAAAUGGAACAUCAGUGAAACCAUCCUCUUCCAAUGGACAGGACGGUAAGUCAACGAUGGUAGAGCCGCAGUCCUUCAAAUCCCCAAUGGCAGCUUCGGGCCCGGGAGACCAGUUCCUAGCACACAGGGAGACAAAGGAGAGAUUGCAAACUCCUACAUCUCAGCAGCUGGCACCAUCAGUGACUCCUCCCAGCUUUCCGGUCAAUGACAGGAGUCUAUUCUCACCUGUAUCGGCGAAAGACAAUAAGAAAGAGAUAAAUCAGCAACGGCAGUCUCCCACCUCUACUGAUAGCGAUCUUGUGUUGAAUAACAGAGCCUCGAUGCAAAAAGAUGAUGCCCCUACAGAAUGUUUUCCUAUGCUUACAGACCGGUUCCUGCAAGAAUAUCAGCCGAAUAGUCAGAGAUUCGAGUCUGGCACCGCUGUACCUGUGUCCAAGAUCCUAGAGCAAACCUACAGUCAUCCACCCGACCACCAAAGCUCAAGCCUCAUCAGCGGUCCACAGGUGAAGCAGCCUCAGACGUUGAAUUUGCCACGACCAAUUCAUCGAAGAAAGGUUUCUGAGACUUCUAUCGCCGGUUCCACGGUAUCAGAUGCUUUCUCCGACCUUUCAGAUGCAGAAAUUGCCGACGCUACCACCGCAGAAGCCUUGGGAAGCCCCAAAGUCGUCAGGCAACCUCUACGAACAAGUCAAGAUAGCUCCUCCUCCGACUUUGGCACCCCUAAGGCUCGGAUAGUUUCAGUGCAUCAUCCACACCAUGAGGCGCAGACCAAUGAUUCUGCCGAUAAAGUUCAUAAAAAGGCUGCGAGGACAAUGCCAGACAAAAUGAGGUCUUCCUUCAAUGUGCCUGUCAAGACUUCAGACACCGUUACUGACGGCGAAGAGGAUGCCGAUCCCCCAGAAAAGAUGGCAAACCUGUCUAUACCGGAUCGGGUUCCAUCGCGUCGUACUGUGAUACAUCGGGCUUCGGUUUCGUCAAUGGAGAAGAUACCAAAAAAUCGCAUCCGAAGUAUUGUGGUUGGUCGAAAGGAAAGUUCAUCGUCUUCCGUCAUCUCCGCCGUCUCGCCACUUGACACAAGCGGGCCAUAUGGGGGGUCAGGUUCUGUGAUGAGCGUUUCGCCCAUUGAAAGAAGUCCGUCGAGAUCUUUGAGUAAGGCGUCUUCUCGAAGAGAUUAUUCGGAGACGUUCGAGCGACCCGAGAGGAGUUCCUCGCUUACGAAUGGUCGUGUCUUACAAACCUCAGACCAUCGGACAGCUACACCUGAGGUUCCUCCACGGUCAAGCAAGCGGCUGUCUCCUAGUCCGAUCUCCAAUCUAUUGUCAAGCUUGCCCACUGGCAGCAAAGACUUUGCAGCAUUCAGGAUCCAAUCAAACGGACCACAAGUUGCGCAUUCAGUGCUCCAAAGACGGCUCGCAGAUCCCUUACCUGCAGGAGCUGAUGGCCACGACGAUCACAAGGCGCCAUCCAAGGAAAAGGGUAAGGAACGUGAAGAUCUACUCGAGUCGAAGAUCCAGAAUUUGCUCACGCGUAUCCCUGCUCGCAUUCGUCUGCUCUCAGAUUCUGAAGCAGAAAGCCCCUCUCACCCUUCCACCACAUCCUCAUCCAGGUCUCAAUCACCCAUACCAUCCUUGAUUCUCAGCCCCGUAAAACCGAAACGCCGCCCGCAAGCUAACAACAGUACAUUAAACUCCGAUGUGCGACUCUUCCACCUAACACGGAGUACUGGGGCGCAUAAUACACCACCCACCAAACUCUUCGUCCGGCUGGUCGGCGAACAUGGUGAAAGAGUGAUGGUCCGUGUCGGGGGUGGCUGGGCUGAUCUAGGAGAUUAUUUACGAGACUACUCACUGCACCAUUCCAGCCGCGCUCACAGUAAUGGUCAAUUCGAGCUUGCCAGCUUACCAAUCGGUGGUCAAAAGGACAGCCGUGUGAUCCCGCUUGGACCAGAACUGGUCUCGAAAGCAACAGCCGCUGCACCCACUUCAUCGAAAUCUAAAUCCGCUGCCGAAAUCCGGCCAGGCUCAGCAUUGGACAGCCGUCCUUCUGCGACCACUCCAUUUGGUGUUCUCAAACCUACGAGACGUCGUCGCUCCACCUCAGCUACUGCCAUAUUCGACGCACGUGCACCAAACUCCAGCUCGACAUCACUACCUUACUCGUUCUCAUCACACACCGACCCGCACUGGGAUACACCACCCGUACCAGCUAUUCCUCAAGUAAUGACCCUAAAUCCAUACUUUGGCGGCGACCCUCGCCUCAGUGGUCCGCCUCGACAGCCAUCCGGCGCCGCGUCGUCGACGAAUUCGCCAACAACAGCCACUCAACAAAAACAGCAUCAGCGUUCCAAGUCUCAAGGAAUAGUGGCGAAAUCAAAAUCCACCCCUAGCCUAAGUAGCCAACGAGCUAGUGCAGGCGGAGGCGUAUUUGUGCUUACACCUACACGGCCCGCCACCAACAGGAUUAGCGUUGACACUUCAGCUCGAAACGAAGACAAAGAUGAAGAGAUCGGCGGAGGAGCCCCUGCUCCAGCCAUCGGUGGUACACACUCCUCCGCCUCAACGAGCCCCAAAUCUUUCAAGAGGAUGAGCUCCUUCGGAGGCGAAGGGGGUGGGAUUCGAAGAGUCUUCUUCCGUAGGAAAGACAAGGGAGUUGUGUGA